UUAAUCCAAACAACAAUUCCACGAAGCAGAACCAGCUUUCUUUUCAAGACUUUCCCUAGAAAAAAGAAGAAGAAAAUGAGUGACAUUGAGGGAUCCCCAGGAAGCUCCAUGCAUGGAGUUACUGGAAGAGAACCAACUUUUGCAUUAUCAGUAGCUUCACCUAUGGUUCCAACUGAUACAACAGCUAAAUUCGACUUACCAGUGGAUUCUGAGCACAAAGCUAAAGUGUUCAAGCUUUUCUCUUUUGCUAAUCCCCACAUGAGGACUUUUCACUUGUCCUGGAUCUCCUUCUUCACUUGCUUCGUCUCCACUUUUGCUGCAGCACCCCUUGUCCCCAUCAUCCGUGACAAUCUAAACUUAAAGAAACAAGAUAUUGGGAAUGCUGGCGUUGCUUCUGUUUCGGGAAGUAUAUUUUCAAGGCUAGUAAUGGGCGCCGUUUGUGACCUUUUGGGACCUCGUUACGGUUGCGCCUUUUUGAUCAUGUUAUCGGCUCCAACCGUCUUUUGCAUGUCGUUUGUUUCGGACAGCGGAGGUUAUAUCGCAGUUCGGUUUAUGAUCGGAUUCUCCCUUGCUACAUUCGUGUCCUGCCAAUACUGGAUGAGCACAAUGUUUAACAGCAAGAUUAUAGGGCUGGUCAAUGGAACAGCAGCGGGAUGGGGUAACAUGGGAGGAGGUGCAACUCAGCUUUUGAUGCCCUUAGUUUAUGAUAUCAUUCGACGACUUGGAUCUACACCAUUCACUGCCUGGAGAAUCGCUUUCUUCAUUCCUGGAUGCCUUCAUAUCAUCAUGGGGAUCUUGGUCUUAACACUUGGCCAGGACUUGCCUGAUGGAAACCUUAGUAGUCUGCAAAAGAAGGGUGAUGUUGCAAAAGAUAAAUUCGGCAAAGUGCUAUGGUAUGCCGUCACAAAUUACAGGACCUGGAUCUUUGUUCUUCUCUAUGGCUACUCCAUGGGAGUUGAAUUGUCAACUGAUAAUGUCAUUGCUGAAUACUUUUACGACAGGUUUAAUCUCAAACUACACACAGCAGGGAUAAUUGCCGCCACCUUUGGCAUGGCAAACCUUGUUGCUCGUCCCUUUGGUGGUUACGCUUCUGACAAAGCAGCCCAAUUAUUUGGCAUGAGAGGCAGGCUUUGGGUUCUAUGGAUCUUACAAACUUUAGGAGGUGUCUUCUGUAUCUGGCUAGGCCGUGCCAAUUCUCUUCCCAUUGCUGUCCUGGCAAUGAUCCUCUUCUCCAUCGGAGCUCAAGCCGCAUGCGGCGCCACGUUCGGCAUCAUCCCCUUCAUUUCACGACGAUCCUUGGGAAUCAUUUCGGGUCUAACCGGUGCCGGUGGGAACUUCGGGUCCGGAUUGACACAAUUAAUUUUCUUCUCAACAUCGAGAUUUUCGACCGCAUCUGGUCUUUCAUGGAUGGGAGCCAUGAUAGUGGCUUGCACUCUUCCAGUGACAUUGGUGCAUUUCCCUCAAUGGGGCAGCAUGUUCUUCCCACCAACCAAAGAUGUCGUCAAAUCCACCGAAGAACAUUACUACUCUUCGGAGUGGAAUGAGGACGAAAAGAAAAAGGGUAUGCACUCGGCGAGUCUCAAGUUCGCCGAGAACAGCCGGUCGGAACGUGGAAAGCGCGUGGCCUCAGCACCAACCCCGCCUAAUACAACCCCUUCCCAUGUUUAAGUAAAUUAUAAUAAGUGUUUUUCUUUUUUCUUGUUGAAUAAGAAGAAGGUCUUCACUUUUUUAACGCAAGCCUUAGAUGAAACUGGAACCAGAUAUUAUAAUAUCCGAAACAAAAAAAAAAGAUUCCAAAUGUUGAUGUUGGCAAUGAAGAAGCUAAUCAAAAUCGGAAUUGUUUGAAUUUUCAA